ACCUGUUUUUGUUUGUACACACGUCGCUUCGCACGCACAUCGCUCUUUCACUCCACAAGUGGCGUCGAUUCCGUGUUACUCAUUUUUUAUAACAUUCCACAAAUUUGAUUGGAGUUCAAAAAGGAUAAAAACAAUAAUCUUCACCUGAAGAAGUGAAGUUCAAAUGUAAAAUAAGUGAUUGGAUAGUGCCUGCCGUAUCAUGGAUAAUUCGCUCUGUCGAUUGUGUUUGACCCCGUAUUCUGGCCUGACUUCGCUGUUCGACGAGAUGACCAUGAAGCCGAAUGUCCUGCUAAUCCAGAAGGUGCUCGAAUGUACGUCCAUUAAGAUAACAGCUGAAGACGAUUACCCAUCUUCGAUUUGUAUGGAGUGUGAAAUAAAACUCGACGAGCUGUCCUCUUUCAAAAUCCAGUGCAUCGUUAACAACGAUUACUACCGAGAAAAGCAAGCCGAAUUGCGCAAAAGACAACUAUCCUGCAGCCAACAACCUACGGAAGUGGUUUGUCUGGACGACGAUGAUGAUGAUGACGAAACAAACCAAGCGCAAACGCACGUUGUAGAAGUUCAAAUUCCGGUAGAACCGAUUUCAAAGAAAUCCCGAAUUGAACAAGUCGUCAUCGAUGAUGACGACGACCAGGACCAGGAACAGUUGAACUACGAAAGCGAACAAACCGAUUACGAGGAGUUCAACUUCGACGACUUCGAACUGGUGGAAGGUCAGGAGGAGGACCAGUACUGUCAACCGCCGGAGGAUCAGCUUAUAGACAACAACGCGAUCCUGACCUCCAUUCUGCUGGACGACGACGAGGACACCGAAAGCGGAAGCAAUAUGUUGCACUUGGAGCAGGGCCACUACGAAAAGGACUACCCGUACGAGUGCGAGUUCUGCCGGAGGCGCUACUCAUCGCUAUCGAAGCUGGAAUCGCACGUCAAGACCCACUCGCAGAACCGGAUGAAGUGCUUCAUCUGUGGCAAGUUGGUGGUGGUGCAUUUGCUGCGACAUCUCCGCUCGCAGCAUCCGGGAAUGGCAUUCCCCGAGCCCGUCCGCUGUUGGCAUUCCAAGUGCUCCGAUUCGGAUGCGGUGUACGUGGACGUGAAUCAGCUGUUGGCGCACAUGGAAACGAAGCGAAGAAGAAGGUAGAGUGUGGCUGGAUGGGAGUAUGUAUUGGAAAACAUGGAACCAAGUGCCUUUUUUUACUAUCACCACAUUAUUGAGUUGACAAUCAAAACUGUUGAGACUGUACAUAUUUUAGCGCUUACAAUAAUGGAUGCAAUAAACGAUUAUUUUUGGUCGAUGUAUUUUAAACGAA